AUGAAAUCGCAUCAUACUAGCUCUGAAUUGCUGGCAACGAGUCGCAAUCUGUCGUUGCGCAUGAUUGCGUGUCUGCUUGUCGGCAUUGUGCAAGUGCACCACGCCAAAGCAGUCCGGGUGCUCAGCCAUUCACGCCUGACUUGGAACGCACUGCGCCAGUCCGAAUUGAACCUGCACCGCGUGCCAAUUGAUCUGCCUCCUGUGACUGUUCGAACGGAUAUUCUGCGCAUUCCCGCAUUAAACGAGUCCAAGUUGGUCCCUCCAGAGCUGCCGUCCAUGGAGGAGAUGCUUGCACAUCAAGGGCUGGAUUUCAACAGAGACUUUAUUGCUGCCUGGCCCGCUUCAUCGACUGACACGAUGGGACCAGCUCAGGAGGGUGGAGAUGACGACGCGUUGGCGAGUGCACUUGACCAUCUUGGGCUGGACUUUUUUGCGCCAAUCACAACGAAAGAUGUGGUCAAUCGCGCACCAAAUGAGCAAGCAUCGGCACUGAUGUCGAGUACGGCGCCGGUUUCAUCAAUCAACACUGUUCCAUGGCCAGCACCAACAGAACCUUUCGUUUCCAACCCCAUUUCCAUCACCUUUCCAUCAUUCUACCCGAGCUCUGGCAACGAGGUUGCUUGGAUGGCCGAUGAUUUUGGUCCUCGACCGAACACACCAGGAGGGGAAGCGUUGAACGCGUCGUUCGACUACAAUCCUGAUGACUUUUACGGCGAUGACGGUGACGCGGGCUAUGACAGCGAUGAAAAUCUCGCUUGGGCUGCGCAGGAUGAGCGGGUGCAAGUCGGACAGCCGGCUCUGCCUGUUCCACAACCUCGACAACCCCAGCAGACUCAAUGGAGUCCGGCGAGGGCAGGUCUCCAGCAAGGCCUAAUGGCCGAAGCGGACGAAGAUGGACCCGUGCUGCUACUUCAAGAGCCUGUGACACCACCAGCCGAAGCCAUCAGCCAAGCAGCAAACACUAGCAGCGUGUUUGAAAUGAGCCCCGGUUCCGCGCGCGCUGACAGCUUAGACGCGAGCUUUGAGUCGCACGUUUCGACUGCAUCUUUGGCCACCAGGCUUCAACCCUUGGCAGCAACGCCCCGGACUCCACGCAAAACACGAGCGACACCAUCCUAUGACGCCAGUACACAGCUCUCUAGCAGCCAACUUCGACACAGCAUGGCCAACACCCAUCGCCUCACGCGCGAGUUUGUGAAUGAGGGGAAGAGCUCUGCUCGCCGAGACUUGGAAAAGAUUUUCCACAGCAGCGCCUUUGGACCGGAAACGUCAAUCUUGAGCUUGAUUUGGAACACGGGCAUGGACGCCGAGAUGGUCGCGCAGAAAGCGAUGCGCUGGGCACCAUCCAACGCCGCGUCUCCACCGCCAGACAAUGACCUUGGACACGCAUGGAGCGACGAGGACGACGACGACUUCGUCGAUGAUUAUGGUGGUUCGGCGGAUGUGCCGCAGACACCACCGCCUCUGGCACCGCCUCCAAUCCACUCUGCGUUCAAGUCACCCUCGCCACAGCGUGAAGUGGCACGCUCUCCCCUUGCGCACAUGUUGCCCUGGAAUUCCGACUUUAUGCUUGAUCCGGACUGGAUGCGACUGGUGGAAGAGCGUCUUGAAGUCUCUGAUGGAUCGCUCAGUCCGGACAGCAAAGCUUCCAGCUCGUCUCGUCGGUCAACCAACGUUUCGGCCCUGUCUGCACUUUCCUACCACGAUGACGAUUCGAUCGACCAUGAUCCGCAUGAUGAAGUCGAGGCCGCUCAACCGAGCGACCUGCCGCAAGACAUGCUGCUCUUCCCAGAAUUAGCCGCCGAUGCAGGCUACGGUUAUGAAGGAACGGACGCGGACUUGGAACUGCUCGGUUCAUUUCCUGAGAUUCAGUUCCCACAGACUCCAGAGCCAGCAAGACUCGCACCGGACACCAUCCAAUUCAUGCGGUACUUUCUCGCAGUCUACCAACAACGUGAUUCCAUGCCGCUUCAAUUCGAGAAUCUGCUUCCGAAAGCCGCAGCUCGCGUAGUCGCUGCUCGAUCAUUUGCGCAUGUGCUGGCGCUGGUCUCGAAACAAGUUCUGACCGCUCGCCAAGAUGACGCCUACGGAUCGAUUGAGCUCGAUCUGGGCUCUAAGCUUGUAUCAUAG